AUAGUUCAAUUACCUGGGUAUCGUGGGUCAGCACAGCCAAUGCCCCAAGAUACAACGCCUGAAAAAGGUCAAAAUACCCACGAUAAUUUAAUAUCUGCUCCAAAUGCUGAAACGGAUAUAUUUUCAAGACUUGAAGAAAUGUGCGACUCCUAUAGUGACAAAAUGACUAACGGAAGUGACAAGAAAAUGCUUCCAUUUUCUAAAACUAUCGGAACGGAUUAUUCUUACAAGCAUGAAAUAGUUUGGAAGAAUGCAAUUGGUUUCCUGAUACUACACAUUUUUGCUGCGUGGGGUAUCAUACUUAUGUUUACUGGCGGUGUAAGCUUGCCAACUUUAUUAUGGACUGCUUUAUUUGGGUAUAUCAGCACCGAGGGAGUUACGAUUGGCGCACAUAGACUUUACACACAUAAGUCUUUUAAAGCCACGCCGUUCCUUCGAGCUAUGCUUCUUGUGGCCCAAACUACAGCCGGACAAAAUUCGAUGUUCAUCUGGGUUCGUGACCAUCGCCUCCACCAUCGGUACUCGGACACGGACGCAGACCCUCACAACUCCAAGCGCGGCUUCUUCUUCUGUCACAUCGGCUGGCUCAUGAGCAAGAAACACCCCUACGUCAUUGAACUCGGUAGAAAGAUCGACAUGAGCGAUCUUGAAGCUGAUUGGAUGGUCAUGUACCAGAAGAAAUAUUACUACCUACUGUACUUCUUGUUCGCUGUCUUCAUCCCCGCCUGGGUCCCAGUACAGUAUUUUGGAGAGUCCUGGGGGGAUGCCCUUCUAGUGUGCUACUUCGCUAGGUAUAUGAUACAAGUCAAUGGAACCUGGCUGGUUAACAGUGCGGCACAUCUUUGGGGUACCAGGCCUUAUGACCAGGGUCUGCAACCUGUAGAGUCCUGGUUUGUCUCCUGCAUAAGUUUAGGCGAAGGAUGGCACAACUACCACCACGCCUUCCCUUGGGACUACAAAGCUGCCGAAUUGUCCUCCAGGUUCAACCAAUCCGCAAAAAUCAUUAAAUAUUUUGAGAAAAUUGGACUAGCUUACGAUUUGAAAACAGCAUCUCCAGAAAUGGUGGCAAACCGAAUCAUUCGUACCGGUGACGGAACGCACAGCGAACUCGGCAACGAUGAGGCCAGAGCGGCAGUUACAGCACCAGGCAUUCUCCACCCCCUGAACCCCUUCUACAACGUCACGUACGACCCUCCGAGCGGCACGCUCAAACAAGAGGGCUUACCACUGUUCCAUGAUAAGGACGUCUUCAAUGUUAAUGGCAGCCUAAGAAACAGAAGUGCUAGGGCUUAAAAGAAGAUGUACGAGUAUAUCGAUCUCGAUGUAAAUGAAGAUAUUUUAAGAAUUUAGUUUAGUUAGGUAGAUUAUUAUGUGAUAUGAUG